AGUAGCGCAGGUUGUUUAAGACCUAACUGGUGAGGGCCACACUUUAACUUCUACCUCCAUUACUAGCGGGCCAGAGACCGACCACAGGCCUGAUAAAAUCCAUUCCUUAAUUUCCGUUCCACUCUCGAGUAGAGUUCCGGACAAAAUUCGAUCUAAAAUAUGGGCCAACGAAUAUAUCGAUCUCGGAACUCUUCUAUCGUCCUUGCCAGGCGAUCCCAAAUACAACUUCACGGUAAAAUCAUCUGGAUCCAACCAGCCUGUGGUCAGUCUCGAACCCGUCCAAAACUCUAAGCGCAUUACUAGCAUCGAUCAAUGGACUACCGCAUUUCAGGUUUUUGUUGCCGUCUAUACCAUCCGAUUUCCGGACGGCGCUCCCGGAUUAAUGAAAUACAGUGCGACAGUGCGCGAUCUGGCGGCAAAAAACGCUCAUUGGCGUUAUUAUGAUGAAAAUUUUCGCUAUUUACGUCAAAAAUCUCUUUUCCCUUGGGACGAAGUGCAUUGGGAAUUGUGGUUGCAGGCGCACCACAUGACCAAACUUUCAUCCUCAAACAAUCCGCCUAACUCGUUUAACCGGCAAUCAAAGCAGCCCUUUCCGCGAGGAUUCUGCUGGAAAUUCCACCAAGGUGAAAGAUGUUUUGGGUGUUAUUUCAAACACGCCUGCUUUAAAUGUGGAGGCGAUCACCCUGCCACAAAAUGCAAGUCGGGAAAACCAACUGUCGGCACCUCUCGCACUGUCGCAUCCAGUCCAACUACCAACACCAGUCAAAGUAAAUAG